AUUUUUUGUUAUAGAUUUCAUAAUCUUUUAAUAAUAUAUAAAGUUUAGAAGAAUGGAAAUGUUGAAAUCUGAUGGAAGAAUGGAAGGAUGGUUGUAUCUUAUUCGAUCUAACCGGUUUGGAUUGCAAUAUACUCGAAAACGAUAUUUCAUUCUUGAAGAAAACUGCCUCAAAAGCUUUAAAUCUAAACCCACAUCAGAUUCACAGAAGCCACUAAGAAGUGCAAUUGUAGAUUCUUUCAUUCGGGUCACAGAUAAUGGAAGAGAAAGCUUCAGUAGAAAAGUGUUCUUCAUUUUCACCCUUUACAAUACUUCGAAUCACAGUGAUUGUCUUAAGUUGGGAGCAAGCAAUCCAGAAGAAGCUGCAAGGUGGAUACAUUCUUUACAAGAUGUUGCAAUGGAACCAGGAACGAAUUCAAAGAGAAGAUGGCAGCCAUUUAGACUGAAUGACUCUAAGAGUGGUGCUCGUAAACGUUCUGUGGAUUGGACCUCAUCUGCAUCCAUGAAUGUUGAUGCUAUGACAUCUGAUGUGAUUGCACCUUCGCAAUGGAAAAUAUUCGGUUGUAAAAAUGGGCUGCGGCUGUUCAAAGAAGCAAGAGAUAAUAAUAAUAACUCAAGUACAUCGAGUGAUUAUCCAGCUAUAAUGGCGGUCGGUGUAAUUGAGGGAACUUGUGAGGCUGUUUUCAGAACUUUCAUGUCACUUGGCGUCUCUAGAUCAGAAUGGGACUUCUGUUUCUAUAAUGGGAGUGUAGUUGAGCACCUUGAUGGUCAUACAGACAUUGUACACAUUCAGCUAUGUCGUGACUGGCUACCAUGGGGAAUGAGUCGAAGAGAUUUACUUUUGCGACGAUACUGGAGAAGAGAGGAUGAUGGGACUUACGUAAUUCUAUGCCAUUCGGUAAUCCAUAGCAAGUGUCCACCCCAACAAAACUAUGUUCGUGCUUGGCUUCAAAGUGGUGGAUUCGUGGUGAGUCCUUUGAAUCAGGGAAAAGAAUGUGUGGUCAAACACAUGCUUUCCAUAGAUUGGAAGGUAUGGAGAUCAUACUUGCCCAAAACACCUGCUCGGUCAAUGACUAUUCGGAUGCUUGGAAGAGUUUCAGCACUGAAAGAACUAUUUCGGGCAAAAGGAGGUGACCAAUUUCCAUCUGAGUUUUUAACUGGAGAGGUUGAAUCACUUCAAACUGGUGAUGAACAAACUAAGCAAGAAGCAGAUUUGAUGCAAUUUGAAGAUGAGAAAAUGGAAGACGCGAAUGAUGCAUCGGUUUCAUGUUCAUCAAGUCUUAUUGGGUUAAAUGAUACAUCUGAUGAAUUCUAUGAUUUCCCUGAACCUUCUGAAAAUAAGAAAGAUAAGACCACACUAGACGAAGAAGAGGAAGAAAGUUUGUUGGUAUGCCUUCUUAUAACAGACUUAAUAUUUUUUCAAAAUUUGUUCUUUCAAUCUUUGAACUUGGCCUUUUUGUUUAUGCAGCCUAAACAACUAUCAACAGCUGCCAGUUUCGUGAAAAAGUUGCAUAGUCUUACUUCUCAAAAGAAGGGUUACCUGGACUCACUAGAUGUCGAGUGGGACUCCACUUUACCACAUUGUUACGGGUCAACUUUGCUAAAAGAUUUGAGCUGUAAUGCACCUUGCACUUGGGCAGCUUCUGAUCCAUCUUUAUUUCUUGUUCGUGGACCGAAUUAUCACAAAGACAAUCAAAAGAAUAAGGCCAAGGGUACCAUGAUGGAAAUGGUUGCUGCGGACUGGUUACAAUCUGAUAAACGUGAAGAUGAUCUUGCAGGCCGUUCUGGAGGCAUUGUUCAGAAAUAUGCAUCACAAGGUGGACCGGAGUUUUUCUUUGUCAUCAACAUACAGGUCCCAGGUGCGACCACGUACAACCUUGUUCUGUACUACAUGACAAGAACUCCUUUGGAAGAAUCUCCUUUACUAGAACGCUUUGUAAAUGGAGAUGAUACAUUUAGAAACUCAAGAUUUAAGCUCAUACCUUAUAUAUCUAAGGGGUCAUGGUUGGUAAAGCAAAGUGUUGGGAAGAAAGCAUGUUUGGUUGGUCAAGCACUCGAAGUGACCUAUUUCCGUGGAGCAAAUUACUUGGAGCUUGACAUUGAUGUGGGCUCAUCCACAGUGGCACGAGGCGUGGUGAAUCUUGUUCUGGGUUACUUGAACAAUUUGAUUGUAGAAAUGGCAUUUUUAAUACAAGCUAACACGCAAGACGAACUACCAGAAUGCCUUCUUGGUACAUGCCGGUUGAAUCACAUGGAUACUGACAAAUCUGUUUCAGUUGAUUCCAUUAAUAAGUAGGCAAAACUCUGUGAUCAAGUUGACUUUUACAUGUAGGUGAUUCUUUUAGUCUCAGACCAAGUUAUACAUCAACAAUUGUAUAUAUCAUGUAUGAUGUACAGUUCAGUUUGUUAUGGCUUGCCAACAUA